AAACUACUGAGCUGGGUGUGGUGCUGUGGGUUGCUUCAUAAAAGUUGAGUUUAUAGUUUGGGGAAAUCUGCAGAUUGUGGUAAGGCCGGAGGAAAGUAGCUGACGGGGUGAUCCUGAAGACAGCUUGUCUGUAAAAUUGCUGGUAGAUUGAUUCCUCCAUCGUCAUGUCUGGCGCGAACUGUUCUGAACUGGAAAAGUGUAUGUGUACAAUGAUUCAAACCUUCCGUAAAUACUCAGGAGAUGAUGCGGACAAGAAAACACUGGAUAAACGUGAAUUGAGGAAAAUGUUGAAAGCAGAACUACCAAAUUUCGUACCGAAAGAUCCACAAAAACUGGAGUCGUUCAUGACAUCGCUGGAUUGCAGUGGUGAUGAGAAGGUGGACUUCGUGGAAUUUGCAUGUGCAGUGGCCACUUUGACCUCCCUUUGUUACGAGCUUCUUGACUCAUGUUCAAAGGAAUGAAAUGGUGUUUCUUGUUUUUAAAAAUGCUGGGAAGGUCCAGCUGUAGACAAUGAGAUGUUUGAAGCUUUUACUGAACUUUGUUCUGCUACAUGUCAAUAAAAAUGAUUUCAGGAUCAAAUUUCAA